GCCCAACUCCAGCGGUCGCGCGUGCGUCCCCACCUCAAUCCCGUGCUCGCGGUCGCCGGUGGAGAAGGCUGCUGUGCCUGGCAGCGCCUGCAGGAGGCCACACGUGGCCCUUGCGCGGUUGCGCCCUCGCUGCGGGAGGCCGCAAAGCGCCGUCGGGCCGCCACGUCGCCUGGCCGCCGGGCUGCUACUGCGGGAGGCCGCAGGGACGCCGCCGGGCUAUUGCUGCUGCUGUGGGAGACCGCGACUCCGCCGCCGCGUCGCCUGGCCACCGGGCUGCUGCUGCUGCGGGAGGCCGCAAGGACGCCGCCGUGUCGCCUGGCCGCCAGGACGCCGCCGCGGGAGGGCAGCGGGCGCUGCAGGAACCCUACUGCCGCGACCGACAGAAAUUCGAGUACCGUGCAAUUCAUUGUUGUGGAAGGCAACGGCAGAAGUUGAUAGGAAGAUACCUGAAGUUGGUAUGAGAUUCAAAAACUCCAAAUGAGGCUUGGUUAUUUUGGGUGGCAUAUGGCAGCCGUACUGGAUUUGAUGUGAGGAAAAGAGGCACAAAUAUAAGCAAAAUGGAUGGUAAGAUGACUUCAUGCAGAUAUGUUUCUUCCAAUGAAGGAGUGAGAGCAAAAAGGCAAACUGAACAUUUAAGAAAGUGUUUUAGAGCUGAAACAAGAACUGAUUGCAAAGGUCGGAUGGUUAUUAUAUUAGAUCAAGAGACUGGAAAUUAUGAAGUCACCGAUGUUAUGCUUGAACACAACCACCUACUCCACAUACCAGAGACCUUCCACUUAAUGAGAUCACAACGAAAAAUUUCAGAACUCCAAGCUGUUGAAAUAGAAACAGCUGAUGAUUCCGGUAUUAGGCCAAAAGCUGCCCAUGAGUUGGCCACUCGUCAAGUUGGUGGACCACUUAACCUUAGCUACACUUGUCGUGACCGAAAAAAUUAUUUGCAGAGCAGACGUCAGAGGGAAUUGACUUUUGGACAGGCAGAAAGUAUGUUGAAGUAUUUUCAUGAUAAAAUUAUUGAGAACCCAUCUUUCCAGUAUGCUUUGCAGCUGGAUUGUGAGGAGCACAUAACCAACAUAUUUUGGGCUGACCCUAAGAUGAUUCUUGACUAUGCAAACUUUGGAGAUGUUAUAUUUGACACAACUUUUGGGACAAACAAAGAAUAUAGGGCAUUUCGUGUUUUUCUUGGGCUCAAUCAGUUUAGAGAAACCACCAUUUUUGGUGCUGCACUUCUAUUUGAUGAAACAGAAGCAUCGUUUGCAUGGUUGUUUGAGACUUUUCUAGCUGCACAUAAUGGAAAGCAAUCUAGAACUAUUUACACGGAUCAAGAUGCAGCAAUGGGAAAAGCCAUAAAGAUAGUAUUAACAUAAUCAUAUCAUGGACUGUGCACCUUUCACAUAAUGCAGAAUGCCGUCAAACAUUUAUCUCCAGUGAAGGGUAUAGAGGAAGAGGGAGGUGAAGAGAAAGAUGAAGGUGAAGAGAAAGACGAAGUUGAAGAGGAAGACAAAGGAGAAGAGGAAUCCCAUAUUCUCUAUGAUUUUAGUGCUUGCAUGUUUGGCCACGAAGAUGAGGCAUUAUUUGAAGAAGCAUUUCAGAUUAUGAGAUCCAAAGUUCAUAAGCAAACUUGGUUAGAUAGCAUUUAUAAGGUCAAAGAGAAAUGGGCUGAAUGUUAUAUGAGAGAUGUCUUCAGUUUAGGAGUCAGAAGUACACACCUAAGUGAGAGCUUCAACAAUGCAUUGAAAAACCAUUUGAAAUUAGAUUUUGAUAUCAUUCGAUUUCUGAAGCAUUUUGAGAGGUCAGUGCAAGAGAAAAGAGAUAAGGAACUGGAGUCUGAAUUUGAUGCAAGGAGGAAGCAGCCAAGAAGACUAAUGUCCACACCUAUGUUGGUUCAAGCAAGUGAAGUGUACACUCCAGUUAUUUUUAAAGCUUUCCAAAGCGAAUAUGAAAGAUCCAUGGCUACGUGUAUUAGAGUUUUGGAUGGAGAACACAAAUAUGUUGUUGCUGUUGGAAAUUUGCUUGGUGAGGUAAGUUCUGAGUUGGAGUACAAAGUGAUCGGUGUUCCUCUAAACCAAAAAACUUCAUGCAGUUGUAGAAUGUUCGAAAGGGCAGGAAUAUUAUGUGCACAUGAUUUGAAAGUUCUUGACCUAAUGAAUGUAAAGAAAUUGCCACCACAUUCUAUCUUAAAGAGAUGGACUAGAGAGGCACGCAAUGGAACUAUACAAGAUAGUAAAGGAAGGAAUGUGGUAGCAAAUCCAAAACUGGAAGCUCAACUGUGGUACAAGUUUAUGUCUCACAAGUUUCACAAUUUGUCUCAUAAAGUAUGUCACUCUCCAGAAUGUUGUGUAGUGUUAGAAAAUGCACUUGAUUGCCUUUGUACACAGCUAGAGGAGAAACUCAAUUUACUAUCUGCUGGUGGUACAAACGGGCAAUGUGAGGAUAAAGAAAAUGUUGACCCAAAUACGCAGCAAAGAGAUGAUUUGUUUAGUGCUGCACAACUAAAGAAGAAAGAGGUUCAGUCAAAGAAGUCAAGAAGAACAAAAACUUUUAUUGAUGAGCUACGCAAGGGGAAGCGCAAGAAUCCUAAAUCUGCAAUACCAACAAAAAAGGGUGCAAAAAAACAAAAUAAAAAUGAUGCAUUAUCAAAGGAUGAUGGCAGCCAGAAAGGGGCAAAUGUGGAGCUUGAACAAUACAAUAUCAUCACCAAUUUUACCCAGCUUGUGACAGCACCAACUUGUGAUGAUGAUAUUCUUUGUCAUCAAGAUUUGUUGCAGCCGCGGGCGUAG